CCGAUAGGUCACCCAUCCUUUUACUACUCCAGCUCAAGCACGCUUAACUCUGGAGUUCUUUCAGGAUGUGCUCCGGAAAAGGUAAGUCAACUUUGGUGACAUAGGUAGCCAAAUCAAUUCUCUUAAACCUUUUCACAUAUCACAACUCGGGAUGUUACAAAUCUUGCCGGAUGUAUUAGGAAUCUAUUGUAAAAAAUGCAAAUUAACUUCGAAAAAGAAUAGAACAUAAUUAAUGUAAAUAUCUAUUUCUAAAGUUUGUGUAUUAAUUACGUGAAUGAAUAUUUACAAUAUUUUAAACUUGUAUUUAAUUAUAUCAUCUCAAAAUUUGAUAUUUUAAUUAAAACAUUGUUAUUUAAGUAAAAUAUUUUGUUUAAUUGUAAAAGACUAAAAGGUAUACCGUUUAUGAUCUUUUACUGGUAUAUAAAGAUUUAGAUUAAUUUCAGAAUCAGAAUGUUAAAUCUUACAACAGAAAAUGUAAAUAUAUAGUACUUUUUUAACGGCUACUUGAUUAAAACUAAAACCAGAUUUAAAUUGCAGAGGAGUAAGAGAACAGAGCUCUCUUAGCAAGCAAAUCUGCAGCUGAGUUGUCUGGGCUUGAAACAUAAAGAAAGGAGAUAGAGGAGAGAUCGAAGGCUAAAUUGAGGAUAUCUGCAAUACCAAAAAGUUUCUUGAUUGAAUUGCUCCCAUUGAUAACUCUGAUGAUACAGUACAUAAACUACAUAAUUAAGCCAACUAGUGAACCAAUGAAUUUGAUCAAUCAACAAAACUUAGAAGUGCAAAUUUAACUUUUUAUAACAAAAGAAAAAACUUAGAGGUGCGGCAAGAAGCUCUUCGUUAGGCUAGGCGAAAACCAAUGAAAUUAUAGACACCAGUUUAUUAUAUUACACAGUCGUUCCAAAAAAGUAUACUAUUACAUUACACUAUGAGAUAACAGUGUUGUGUUAAAGCCGAUUAAGAAAAACACAAUUACCAAAAAAGUUUCAAAUGAAGAGGUACAACCGUAAAAAUAAAUACUUAUCUUAACAAGACGAAGGAUCUACCUUGUUGCUGAACAAUUUUAUCAGGCAAUAGCUAUGUACAAAAUAUCAACAUGCGGUUUGAAUAUUAGAUUAGUGUCUAAACAGGCGUAUAAGCACCGCUUAAAAUGUUUUUUUUUUUUAAUAUUGUGUUUUAAAAAAUGGUUUCGUUUAUCAUCGAUUUGUUGUUUAAACGGACAUCUAAGAGCAUGAACAUGAUUAUUGAGAGGUUCUUAGAGUCGGGUUCUUAGCAGAAUAUAAGAAUCCGCCUCUUAACUUUUAAUUAAAAAACUAAAAACCGGCUCUUAAAUGAGAUAUUUAAAAGUCGAUUCUUAGCUUUUUUAAUUAAAAGUUAAGAGACGGGUUCUUAUAUUCCGCUAAAAACCCCCCCAACAAUCAUGUUAAAACCUCAUCCUAAGAACCCCCAAUAAUUCCGAUAUUUAAGCACUAUGAUUUUUAGAACACUAGGCAAUAUAAUGUCACUAAAAUUCCGUACCUCUAAUUUUGUUCUCCCUGUUUCUGUGUUAAUUUGGUGACAGAACCAAUGACAAAAAAACCAAUCACACUUGAUGAUUCUUACUGAAGAUGUGAUAUAAUAUAUCUAUCAUUUAACGACACGUGUCACUGCACAAGUAUCUGUAAAAUACUACUAUAAACAAAAUGAACAUCAUGUCCACCUCCAGGCGCUAUAAAUUCCAAGCUCCCGAUCUUUCCUCUACAACAUACGCUCGUUGAGAGCAACAAGAUAGUUUCACUACUGAGACUUGAGAGAAUAUUCUACUACCACACCUGAGCUUAGAAACUUGCCUUCUCCUCACAUUUUCAUUUUUUGAUAUUCAAGAAAUCUUACGUUAUUUCCAUUUCUUAAUAAAUUAGAGAUCGACAGGGAAGAGACAGUGCUCCGGGACACAAGCCACUUCAAGGGUGAAGUUUUUAUAAGAAUGAAGCCAUGCAUGACGAAUCUAAGACAAAUGAUUCAACCAAUGUUGAAUUUCCAAGGGAUAUCCGCCGGUUUAAACAUGGUCGACGUUCCGUUUUUCCGGCCCAAAGACAAGGUUGUUUUCGUCAUGGGAGCCACCGGAACCGGCAAAUCUCGUCUUGCCAUCGACCUUGCAACUCGUUUUCCGGCCGAGAUCGUAAACUCUGACAAGAUCCAAGUCUAUAAAGGUCUAGACAUCGUCACCAACAAAGUCACUCCAGAGGAAAGCCUUGGCGUUCCUCACCACCUCCUCGGCACCGUGGAAAACACUCAUGAGGAUUUCACGGCGGAGGAUUACCAGCGUGAAGCACUCAGAGCAGUUAAGUCAAUCGUAGAGAGAGACCGUGUCCCGAUCAUAGCCGGCGGUUCUAAUUCUUACAUCGAGGCAUUGGUCAACAAUUGCGUUGACUUCCGGUUAAGGUACAAAUGUUGCUUCUUGUGGGUUGAUGUUGACAGACCGGUUUUGAACUCGUUUGUCUCGGACCGGGUAGAUAAGAUGGUCGAGAUGGGACUCGUCGACGAGGUUCGCCGCAUCUUCGAUCCCUCUUCAUCAGAUUACUCCUCUGGAAUACGCCGUGCGAUCGCAGUUCCAGAGCUGGACGAGUUUCUCCGAGCGGAGAAGCGUGAUUAUCCGGCGGAGGUGACGGGGAAGCUUCUUGAGACGGCGAUCAAGAAAAUCAAGGAGAACAACUGUUUGCUUGCAUGUCGGCAAUAUCAGAAGAUUAAGAGGCUUUACAAGCAGUGGAAGUGGAACAUGCACCGUAUCGAUGCGACGGAGGUUUUCCUCCGGCGAGGAGAAGAAGCCGACGAGGCUUGGGAGAACAUGGUGGCUCGACCUAGCGCACUCGCCGUCAACAGGUUUCUUAAUUAUAGCGACGAUCACCAUUUGGAAGGGGCCGAUAUUCUACUACCGGAGAUCUCCGCCGUUCCGCCGCUUCCAGCCGCCGUGGCAGCGAUUUCGCGGUAAAAAAAAAAUAUAAAACAGGAAAUGAAGCAAUGGAUAUGGUGGGGAAAAAGGACUAUUAUAAUGCCACGUGGCGAGAUUGUUGGAAAGGUCUAGAGCUAUGACAAUGCCACGUGGUUAUAUCGGCCUUUGUCGGAGAAGAUGAUCUUUUAUUACAUAAGUGUGUGUGUUACGGUUAAACGGAAUCAGUUUUGAGGGACCUGAAGUGCACGCGCGGGGCGGAUGUUGACAGGUUCUCCUUUUGUUCCGGUAUACUAGUACUUAGCUAGGAUGUGGUGCGGAAUACUGUACGAUUAUACGGUGGAUAGUCAGUUAAGACAAAGAAGAGGUCGCUGGUCAACGCGGUUUUGCCCAAAAAAAGAAUAAGGAUCCAACGGACAAAAGAACAAAGAGUCUUGUUGGACAUGGACCCUACCUUUUUGACGGCGGAUUGCCGUCCGAUAUGUAUUGGGUCCCAUAGUUGUGACAUCAUGUGGUUAAAUAAUUCAAUCAAACGGCUGUGAAGUGAUUAUUACUCAUAUAUACUAAAGUGUCUUUGUUCCGAUGAACUUCAUAUCAUAUGCUGGAUAAGACGAGAGGAAUUUUCAAUUGCGUCAUUUGUUAACAAAUUAGAAAUAAAUGUACAUCAUCAGUUUAUGUCCAUGAUAAACCAUUAUAUUUUCAUAUUUAGAAGAAACUAAAAGUCAUGAUUAAUGAAAUUUUUACGAUGAAGUUCUUAUCUGAAUAUAAGAAACUGUCUUUUAAUUUUUAAUUAAAAAAACUAAAAACUAAUUCUUAAAUAAGAUAUUUAAAAACUAAUUCUUAUUUUUUUUAUUUAAAAAUUAAGAAACAAUUUCUUAUAUUGCACUAAAAAAUCAUAUCUUAAAAAUUUUCAUUAAUCAUGCUCUAAUAUAAAAGAAGAAGGUUCUUAAACUUGUUUAAGUUGAUGCACUACCCACCGCCACGCACCGCUUCUCCAUCUCUUUCUUCUCCAAAACAAGAAAACUGAGGAAGAGUUCCAUAUACCUUAUGUUUUCUUGGCUUAUUUAAAAGGAUUAGUUAGUAGUCGUGUAAAUUAUAUAUAUGGGUAUUGGAAUAUUUAUGUCGAGUUAUCUUUUCUAAUGUUACAAAAUAUUAUUAUUUUUGAAUAUUUGAUAGAUUGUUUAUUUUAGCCCAGAAGUGUUUAAUGGUUUACCACAUGAUGUCACAACCAAUUUUCUAACUGUUGUCUUUCUAUUCUGAGUUUCACCGUUUUUUUUUUUGUUUGCAUUGGUGUUUGUUCUGGUGGCUCGGUGAAAAUACUGAAAAUCUUGAAUAAGGUGCAGCAAGUACGAUGAUGCAAUGAUUAGUUGGAUUGAUGCAAUUGUUUCUGGAUUUUGAAUCCUGAUUUUCCACUUUAAAAUUACAUACAUUAUAUAAACGGUUUUUUGUUUAAAUAAAUUUAACAUUUUAAAAAUAACUCGGUUUUGGUUUGGUGAAAAUGUACAAUUUAUUGGCAUAGUAUAACUUUUUUUUGCAAUGAACUCAAUAGAUAGAGUCUACCAAUACGCGUGAACGUAUAAUUGCUCUACUAGUAGACAUUAGACAAAAAGAUUAUAUUUGUCAUUUUUCAUAACUAAAUUGCGUUUGUUGGAGAGUAUAAAUAUCUUAAAUUUAUUGGACUAAAUGUGCGAUGGAUGUCAAAAACUAUUCCCAUUAGGCAAGUUGCUUAAAACUCUGGAAUAUCGCUAUUAUUAGCUCUAUAUUCACGUUAAAUGUAUUCGAGCCACAACUGUUCUUCAUAACAUAAUAGUUUUCCAUUUCAAUUAUUACUUUAUUUAUCUUACAGCUCUGCAUCAGUGCGUGUUGUCAAAGAAUAACAACUCAAUAUCAGUGGGCAUUCUUGAAUUAUUUUCGUUUUCUCAAAGUGAAUCCGUGUGAUUUGGCUAACAUAGUUUUGUUUAGGCCAACUAAAGUAUGUUCCACUUCUAUGUACUUUCAUAUCAGUCAUCAAAGCUAUAAUUUAUAUAAUCGAAGAAUAAUUGACACAAAAGUGUUAUAUGGAAAUACACAUGCAUUAGUCGGUUUAGUCUCAUCACCUUUGAAAUUUUAAGACAAAGUUAUGGACAAUGAUUAAUUAUGUUCAUUGGAGAAGUUUCUAAAUCUUUAUUCUCAUUUGGUAUUGGUGGAAGUAUGCACUUAUCUGGUAAUUUUUAUAAAAUAUUACCAAUUAGGACAGCUAAAAUAGUAAUACGAAUCUUAAUUUUUAAUCAUUUCAAGAAUUUUUUUGACAGAGAAUAUUGAGAACAAUUCAAUCUAGAGAUGCAUUAACGAUCUAUUAAAUAUAUAGUUAUACCUUAGCCGUUAAACAUGCAGUAGUCACUGUUAUUAAAGUUGGAAAAUAUGUUGAUAUACAUAUUUUGGAGUGGAUUAGUUUGAUGUUAUACUAACUCCAUGAUAACAUUGAAAAUGCUUUAGUAUGUAGUGAUUUCCAAAAGACUAAGUGAUAUUUUUCUUUUAACUGCCUUACUCGUGAUGUAAAUUACAAAACUGGUGGUCACCAAGACCGGUUAUGAACACAGUUAGAUAGACUAUUUGUUUUGGAUUCAAUUUUUUUAAGCUACUUUAUUAAUUAUAAAUAGAUCGUAUGGUCUUUAAAUUGUUAAAAAGCCUUUUACUAAAUUAACCUUUUUUUUUUAUUAUUCCAUAAAUCUCAGAUACAAUCCUCUUGAUCAGGAGCAACAAAAAAUCCACGUGAUCAUGUAUUUUAUAAACUAAUAUAUAUAAGUAUAAUGUAAAUGAAUACGAAGAUAAAUUUAGUAAUAUAGGAAUAAAUAGUAGUUUAUAUAAAAAACUAAAACCAACAAUAGUAUUUUUUAUACACUCAGACUAUAUUAAACAAAACAUUUCUUAAACUGAAAGACAUCAAGAUUAAUAUAAUUUGAUACUUUCUGCUGGUGCAGUUGAUGAGCUACUCAUAAAACAAAGUGUAGCUACUCUACUAUUAUUUUGUUUUCAUCUUAAACAUGAGUAGCAAUUCAAUAAGACUCGAAGGAAGCCUAACGGAUUAUAUUAAUGGGUCGAAUUUUUAGGCCCAAGUUAAACAAGCGAGCUAUAUUGAGUGAAAAUAUCAGUUCAUUAUUAAAUUUUGGAAAUGUUCAAUCGUGAACGAGAAUGAAGUUGAGGAGGUCGGCACGAAAGAGAAGUGGGAAAGCAGAAAGCUGUUAUGCAAAUCAAUGGUUACACUUAAAGCUAAUGACAGUGGCAAAGCAAUGGUAUUAAAGCUUCCAUUGCUUUUGAUGUCGACCACUUGAUGAUAUCAUAAGCAUAUCUAAUUUCCCAUCAUCUAUCUUGGCUUUUGAUUCAGACCACGACUUGUGGUAUCAAAGCAGAUAAGUUUGGUGCGGACAAAAAAAAAACAAGGCCACUACUCGUUCCAAAAACAAA